AUGCGCAAGGUCGAAAGGAGUCGCACUAAUCCCUUAUCAAAAAAAAAUUUGUUCAAAUAUGACUGGCCAAAGGUAUUUACACGUUUGCAUGGUAUCCAAGAUAAGAUGAUUCAACAUUUCCAAAAGCUUCGAGAAAAUAAGCAAUACAGGUGGGAACAGCAUCUAACUUUAGUACAAGGGGAAAAAAAUAUCAUCGAUUUAAUGAAGAAAAAUCAUCCGAUCAAAAGUUUAAUAGUAACAGCUCCUAAUAAGCCUAAAACUAAGUAUGAAAUUCAACCACCGGCUUUGGAUUAUCUUGAGAACCCUCAUCGAAUUGCUGCUGAUAACUAUUAUCUUAUGAACAUUGAUAUGGUUCGAAAGAUUUUAGGAAGUGGUGCAAAACCAGAACGUCAUGAACUUGUGGCUGAAGUUCAUUUUCCUCCAAUAGCAUCGCCACCAAAAGAACAGAUGACCAGGUUUUUAAUACUUGAAAAAGUGAAUGACCCAUACGAUUUGGGAAUGUUGAUUCGUUCUGCAAAAGCUUUAGGAUGGAAUGGGUUAUAUUUGACCAACAAAACUGGUGAUGUUUAUAAUAGUUUUGCACAAACAGCUUCAAAGUCUCAUUCUUUGACUUGGCCAUAUAUAUACGGAUCUUCUGAAGAGCUGCGCAAAUUUUUACAUGACAAUGGGUUGAAUUUACUUAUUGCAGAACCACCUAAACAAAAUCUUCAAACAAUUUCUCAGGUUGUUUGUAAGUCUGAUAAUAGAAUCUUUACAAGCACUGAAAAACUAGAACAACAUGAUGACAUGAUAAAAACGCCUUUGCUUUUCUGGAAAAGUGGUACAUCUGAUUUAUCAGAAUUAAAAUUACCAUCAAGAGUCGCACUUCUCUUAAGUAGAGAGCUUAAAUCUGGAAGGAGAGAUAAUGAAAGUGCAAUAUCGAUAGACAAUGAAAUGAGAGUUGGCAUAAACGCACCAUUUAUUGAUGUUCCAUCAGCAGGAAGUAUAAUAAUGUGGGAACUUAAUCGAAUAACUGCAAACUCUAAAAAGGUAUGA